AUGGUUGGAUCAUCGUCACAAUUUCAACAACUUGAAAAAUUGGGAGAAGGAACUUAUGCUACAGUUUAUAAAGGUAGAAAUCGUACAACAGGUGCGUUGGUAGCUUUGAAAGAAAUCAAUUUAGAUUCUGAAGAAGGGACUCCAUCAACAGCCAUUAGAGAAAUUUCAUUAAUGAAAGAAUUGGAUUGUGAAAAUAUUGUUACUUUAUACGAUGUUAUUCAUACUGAAAAUAAAUUAACUUUAGUGUUUGAACAUUUAGAUAAAGAUUUGAAGAAUUAUAUGGAAAUUCAUGGUAAAAAUGGAGCUUUAGAUUUGAAAACCGUUAAAUCAUUCAUGUUUCAAUUAUUAAAAGGAAUAAUGUUUUGUCAUGAUAAUAGGGUUUUACAUAGAGAUUUAAAACCUCAAAAUUUAUUGAUAAGUCAUAAAGGUGAAUUAAAAUUAGGAGAUUUUGGUUUAGCUAGGGCCUAUGGAAUCCCUUUUAAUACAUUCUCAAAUGAAGUGGUUACUUUGUGGUAUAGGGCACCAGAUGUUUUAUUAGGUUCAAGAGCUUAUACCACAUCUAUUGAUAUUUGGUCAGCAGGUUGUAUAUUCGCAGAAAUGUGUACUGGUAAACCAUUAUUUCCUGGAGCUGCUAAUGAUGAUCAAUUAUUGAAAAUCUUUAGAUUAAUGGGGACUCCUAAUGAAAGAACAUGGCCAGGAGUUUCAUCAUAUCCAAAUUUUAAGAAUAAUUGGCAAAUUUUUGUUCCUCAAGAUUUAAGACUUUUAAUUCCAAAUUUAGAUAAUAUGGGAUUAAAUUUAUUAAAUAGUUUAUUACAAAUGAGACCAGAAUCAAGAAUUACUGCUAGACAAGCUUUACAACAUCCAUGGUUCCAUGAAUUAUCAACCCCUUUAAUGCAUCAUUUACCUGACCCUCAAUAUCAAUGA